AUGGAGGAUGGAAUUUACCUUCGAAAAAUCAACCCCGAAAGAAGAAUCAUCCUCCACCGAGACAAUGGAAGCUCGCACACAGCCCAAAAAACAAGGCAGUAUUUAACGGAAGAAAACGUGGAAUUAUUGGACCAUCCUCCAUAUGGUCCCGAUAUAAGUCCUAGCGAUUUCAUUACUUUCCCGAAAAUUAAAAACAGACUGCGUGGCCAAAGGUUCCAGUCACCAGAAGAAGCAGUUGACGCAUUCAAAGAUGCCGUUUUGGAUCUGCCAGCAAACGAGAAGAAUAAAUGCUUCCAAAAUUGGUUCGAGCGCAUGCAGAUGUGUAUUAAUCUUCGUGGAGAAUACUUCGAAAAACAAUAA